GCGUCGGCUCCAGUUUUUUUCAUCCUUCAUCCUGCCAUUGUUCUCGCCGCUUCGCCACGAAUCGCUGACAUCAUGGCUACUACCGAAGCCCAGCUCGUUGAAGAGGCCAAGCGGCUUGCUUCCUUCACCGCCGUUGACCUCCACAUCGACGAAUCUGCCAAGGUUAUAGGAGUCGGCUCUGGGUCGACUGUCGUCCACUGCGUUACUCGUCUGCUCCAUCACCACCAAAAGUCGCCCUUCAAGGCUUGCAUCCCAACCUCUUUCCAGGCCCGCGACCUGAUUCUGCAGCACGGCCUGCCUCUUGGCGAUCUGAACCAGUUCCCUGUCAUCGAUGUCGCCUUUGAUGGUGCUGACGAGGUCGAUUCGAGCCUCGAUUGCAUCAAGGGCGGCGGCGCUUGUCAUCUCCAGGAGAAGCUCGUGGCAAUGUGUGCCAAUAAGCUGAUCAUCGUCGCCGACUACCGCAAAAACAGCCAGGUUUUGGGCGAGCAGUGGAAAUCGGGAGUCCCUCUCGAGGUGGUGCCGUUUGCCUACGUGCCCGUCAUGGAGCGCAUCCGCAAUCUCGGUGGCAAGCCCACCUUGCGUAUGGGCGUCAAGAAGGCUGGCCCCGUUGUCACCGACAACGGCAAUUUUGUCGUCGACGCAGAUUUUGGCCUCAUCCGAUCUCCUCGGGAGCUGAACCAGCAGCUCAUCUCCAUCCCGGGAAUCGUCGAAACUGGCCUGUUCUGCGCAAUGGCCAAGGCCGCCUACUUUGGCAACAAGGAUGGGACCGUUUCCAAGAACGAACAGGGAUUGUGAACGAACAGCGGCAUUUUGCUGGCAUCCCACCGACCCUCUCGCCGAAUAUUGCCAGCAACUCGUGCUCUGUGAACCAUGAGUCGCUGGGUUACCGAGCGCCCCGAUCUCGCCAAAUUGGCGGGAAUAA